CGCCCUCUGGAGUAACCAGAAACGCGGCUACGUCUUGUCGGAGUCCAACUUGUGCGAGCCAAGCAUGUGCCAUGGUGGUUCCAGUUGGCACAGGGUUGCGCAGAGACGCCUACUGCUGCUUUGUUGGACUUCUUGCCUACCUGCUACUACCCCUUGUCGGUGGAGUUCACGUUCCCAGCAGCCGUGCCGUCGUCAAGAGGGCGGCUGACAUCGUUAUCGUGGUUGAUGGCGGCGCCAGCGACAGACCAUUACGAUCUCGAGGUGUGUACUCUUCUUGCACUCACCACAACAACUGCUCGGACUACUACGCCAUCUGCAACUUCACCUUGCACUUAUGUGUGUGUCCUGGAGGAUACAGCCAUAGCCACGUUUGUGUGUACAUGGGUGGCCCACCGGACAGCGUUGGCAUCUACCAGGUGACUCUAGUUGUGGCUGCCGUCUUCAUGGUUGUAGUGUUUUCUGUCUUUGUCGCAUGCGUUGUUAAAAGGACGUGCGAGCGCUCCAGAGACCUUGCAGAGAGGAUGCGAGAGCUGUCUGCGGAUGUGUACACGGUCCCCGCUGAGUUCGAGGGCUUGGAGAGGCCGCCCUCUUACACUGAAAUCGUCAAGAUUGACAACAUGGUGUACGGCGUGCCACCACCCGACUACUCGGCAGUGGGUCAGCCGACGGACCUCGAAGCGCCAUCGCUGCCUCCCCGAAGGACGGCGCUGCCGGCUCUUGUGUGGCAGGCGGCCUCUCGAAGGACGCGUGCCGACGAGUGCUCCGUUGCACACGGCGACUGUGGCGGAGCCACCUGAAUGUGCGCUUCCUUGCACCGCGGCAGCUUUGUCCCUCUUGACGGUCGUGGCUGACGGAACCGACUUUCAGCUAAAUAAUUUUAAUAGCCGUAAUCAGUAGGUGUGGAAAAUUUCGAAUUGAAUAGUCACUAGCGCAUACCAAAUAAUUUUCGAAUGAUUAGCGCCGACGGUAGAGCCGCAAAGGAAUGAAACGUUGGAACAACGAGGCGUCACAUUUGUUGUUUUUAAUCAUUAUCUGCCAAAGUGCAUGCAGCCCAAGCUUUUGCGGGACUAUCGACGCUGUGUCGAUCACUGGGCGAAGGCGUUCUUGGUUGAAACUUGAAUACUCUAGUCACUGCUGUAUUUCACCCUACAGUUCUAGUCGCUGCUCUAUUCGAGCUUACCUCACUUUACGUAAUUGUGGUAUUUUCUUUUUCUCGGUUAAAGGUAAUCUUAAAGUUUCGUUGGUAAAAUAUGCGAAUAUUUGUUUAAAAUCAAAUUUUGUGCAGUUCUAGAGCUGUCUUGAAAACGGUUGCCUUGCUAUUCGAAAACGCUUCGGAUAGUAAUCGUUCUAAAGUUCACUAUUCGCGCACUCCGCUUGUUCAGCCGUUCAGCGUAUGGCAAGAGCUACAAAUGCGGUACGUCAAGAGUUUCUCGAGAAAGCUCCCGAGACCGCACACUGUCGUGCAUCGAAGACUGAUUCUUCACAUAGGAGGGCUGCUGACUGUUUUGCCAUUACUGCACACGUCACCUUUCUUUGUUUUAAGCUUCAACGAAUAAAUAAAUAAAUAAAUACAGCAUAU